AUGGCGACGCUAACCGAGACGAAAAACGAUAGGUUUCAGCACCACGUUGGUUUCGACAAUGUCCCCAGCGGCGAGGCUACCAAGAACAACACCCUCUCGUUGACCCUCAACGUUCGGCACAAGGGAUAUCAGGCUCGACGCAGAUCGCGCAGCUUCAUGGUUGGCGUCGACGAGCACUCAUACUCUGACUAUGCCAUUCAGUGGCUGCUAGAUGAGCUGGUCGAUGAUGGCGACGAAAUUGUUUGUGUUCGGGUCAUUGAGAAGGAAAUCCGCUACAAUGAUAAGCAAUACCAAGAGGACGCUGCAACCGUUAUGCAGAACAUUCUGGCCAAGAACGCUUCCAACCAUGCCAUUAGUUUUGUGCUCGAGUAUGCCGUGGGAAAGUUGCAUGCGACCUUCCAAAAGCUGAUCCAGAUGUACCAGCCUGCCAUGCUCAUUGUUGGCACUAAAGGUCGCUCCCUUGGUGGCAUCCAAGGACUGGUCAAUGCCCGGAAUUCCUUCUCCAAGUACUGCCUGCAAUACUCACCCGUUCCUGUUGUUGUUGUUCGGCCUACAGAGAAGCGCAUAAAAAAGAAGGUCAAGCGUGCCAACGACACAACUCGCCAGACAUACCUGGGAAUGCUGGCCGCUAGUCAUGGUCUCCACGAAGCCGAUAGCGAAACGAGCAGCACCUAUGAACUCGAGCCACAGGCCUCCCCAGACGAAGAGGCGCACCAAGUCGCAAAGGCCUUGGGGUUGCCUGCCGCCUUUGAUCCUACUAUUAAACCGCUGCGAGACAGUCUACUCCCGAGGUCUCGACCCUCGAGCCCCCAUCCCGCCGUGAACGGGACUCCAGAGCGACCGCCACUUGACCGGUCGCCAGGCAGCGCCGGCGGCGAUACAGAAGAAGAGGAGGAAGAGGAGGAGGAAGAAUUUGACGUUGUCGACGGAAUGGAUGUCCUCAACCAGCAACAGAAGUUGGAACUGCACAAGAUGGAAGUUGGGGAAGCCGCAGCCCUUAGAAAGGGCGUGGACGAUGAAGAAGAAGAGGAGUCGGAUGAAGCUCAAGAACUCAAAGAGGCGUCAUAG